AUGAAUUCCCCAGGGCCGAGGAUCCGGCUGGGCUACGACUCCGAAAUGGACGUGGUGUACAUGGCCGAUGACGGAAACGGCCUCAUCGACCUCAUGCAUCCUGAGGGCACUGGCAGAGAGACCUUCAGGCAUGUCUCCACCACAGUAACCAGCAUGGAGGUGACGGACUCCUACCUGUUCUGGACGGACCGGAAGGCCAGGUUAUACUGGUCCAAUGUGCACGAGGCCUCGCACAAUAUUAGGAGUUUUGAGUUUACGAUGUUCCCCGAAAACACUCAGCUGCACAUCCAAGCGACAUACUCUCCCCCCGACCCCCUAAACCCCCUCCUUAACCACACUUGUCGUACAUCCCACCCCUGCUCCCACAUUUGCGUCCAAACCCCCCACGCUCCCCUUUCUACCCACCGCUCUCGCAAAACCAGUACCCCAGAAAGUUUAGGGUACAGGUGCUUUUGUCCCCCCGGCCUCCUCCUCGUCGAGGGGACCUGUACCCUGCUAGCUACAUGUAAAGCGAAAGAGUUGUACUGCCAUAUAAGCAACGAGUGCGUCCCCAAUGGAAAGUACUGCGAUGGAGUUAAGGAUUGUAAGGAUGGUGAAGAUGAAUAUGAUUGUAAGGAAAGCUCGACCAAAACUCCAAAAGUCGGCACUUUGUGCGUUUCAGGGCAGAUUCCUUGCAAUGGCGUUUGCAUUCACCAAAACGAAACUUGCACUGAAAAAAAUAAUAGUACCAGCAGUAAUAAUACAGGUCCAAUUUGCGCAAGCACAGAAUACCAGGUAUUGUGCAGCACCUCCAGAGUUUGCUUGGAACGCGCGCAGAUGUGCGAUGGGCACCUGGACUGUCCUACUGAGAACGACGAGAAACCGAAAGUCUGCGAUUCGCUGGUCUGUCAGGACCAUGAGUACAGGUGCGCCACAGGCUCUUGUAUUUACAAAAACUUUGUGUGCGAUGGCGAGCCAGACUGCUCGGACUGGUCGGACGAAGUGAAUUGCACUAAGUCAUGUGGUCUUGGUUUCUACCGGUGCCGCAGCAAAGAAUGUAUUGAACUGAAGAAACGCUGCGAUGGAAAACAGGAUUGUCUUGACCGUUCAGAUGAGGAGGACUGUGAGGAACCAUCCUCGGAGUUUGAAGUGGGGAACCUGCCAGUGUGCACUGAACAUGAGCACACAUGCGAAUUGAAUAGGAGCAUUUGCAUACCGCUUACGGCACGGUGUAACAACAAGGUCGAAUGUCCGGGGGGUACAGAUGAAAUCAACUGCGACUUCCACUGCGCACCACACGGCAAGUUCGAGUGCCGGCAGGAGCUGUUGUGUGUGGAGAAAAGACGACUGUGUAAUGGCCAUAAGGACUGUCUGGAUGGGUCGGACGAGACGCCCGAAGCUUGCAAAAUGGUGAACAGACCUACAAGAUUGUACCCUAAGACACGGUACCCGGCCGGCGAAUGCUACGACGGGUACGUGUGCGACAACGGGCAAUGCAUCGAGGUGCAAAACGUGUGCGACAAUCAUGAGGACUGCGACGAUGGCUCAGAUGAACAUGGAAAUUGCUCGACAACAUGCGACAACCACACCUGCGCUUUCUUAUGCGUGAACACGCCGAGAGAAAAGCCACACUGCAUGUGUCCUGACGGGCUGUGGACUGAUGGAGCCAACUGUUAUGACCUGGACGAGUGCAAGCAGGAGGUCUGCUCGCACGUCUGCCACAACGUCGCUGGCACCUUCGUGUGCAAGUGCCACCACGGGUACACGCUCAGGUCUGACCGCCGGACCUGCAAGGCGAUCGAAGGCGAACUGUCCGCGCUAUUCGCGUCCAGGGACACGGUGUGGGAGGUGACCAGCGACGGGCACGGGUCCAUGCUGCACAGGGGAGCGGAGGAUGUGGUCAUCACUGACAUGGAUAUUGAUUUCAAAAGAAAACGGCUAUACAUGGCGAUCCCCGAAGUCGGCCAACUGGUUGAAGUGACCCACAACGGCAGCGAGGUCGUCGUGACCAACGUUGGGAUACCGACCAAGGUGUCGGUGGACUGGCUGACAGGCAACGUAUACUUUGCUGACAACUCCCCAGCCGGCGCCAUAGUUCGUGUGUGCAACGUCAACAAAAGACACUGCUCGAAGUUACAGAAGAUGCCUGCUUAUACCAAGAUCACAUCUCUUGUAGUAGACCCGCCUUCCGGCCAAAUGUUCUACUGCAUCGCGCGCGGUAACGACUUCUCUCUAUGGUCGGCUACCCUCGCAGGGUUCAAAGAGACCGACCUGGCUGUGGUCAAGAACUGCACGGGUUUGGCGGUGGACUCGUUCAAGCAGAUCAUCUAUGUUGCGGAGACGAAGCCGUCGAGGAUUAUAAAAAUGAAUUUCAAUGGGGAGAAACAAGUGACGAUCAUCAACGACCAGAAAUACCUUCGAACACCGCACAGCCUCACUCUCUUUGAGGACUCCGUAUAUUUCCUCGCUACAGACACUCUCAAAAUCACCCGCUGUUCCCUCUUCGGGAAGAAACUUUGCGAGCCUUUUAUGUACAAAGGAGUUCCAGCUAACGCGUUUGUGCUAAAACACCCGAGCAUUCAGAGGGAUGAUGUGCCCAAUCCUUGUCAAGGAGUGGUUUGUACGAACCUGUGCGUGGGUGGGCCGAAUGGGACAGCGAGGUGCAUGUGCGGGGAUCAGACACCACCUGUGGACAAUGUGUGCAGGCGAAUAGAGAAAUCACAGUUGCCACGUUUUAACGGCUGGACCCACGAGGACUACCAGACAGUGAACCACGCCAUCGCCACCGUGAUCACGGGAGUUUUGGUGCUGGUCACCAUGUACCUCAUCAUCUUCCUAUACUACAACUUGGUGCAUAAGAAGCGGAGAGCUCAGACUUCGCCUUACAUGCGAGUGAGAUUCCAAAACGCGCCUUCAGGUUCUACGAGUCCACCCAGCACGGCUGUCGUUGAAGUCAAUCCAACUCUUCCAACUCAGCCGAACGAGUUCGUGAAUCCUUUCGAAUACGUGCUCGACCUUUGGGAUCGAGCGGCGCGGAGGCAGAGAAGACCAGUCGGGACUGCCGGCUUGGAGAUAAACAUCCCAUAUGAUUCGCAAGUCUCCGAUACGGAGUCUGACCUGGACGAAAGGGAAAGCCAUCAGAUCGUAGGCGAGUGACGACAUCAAGUGUCUUUGAAAAUGUAUAAUGUUUUAGUAGGAUUUUUAGGCCAUUGUCCCUUGUCACAGCAUGUGUAAAAUACUUAAAUAAUUACGUAAUAAAAUAUGUAUGUUAAUUUUUAUUAUAAUAGGACUAUCUGAAAAGAUAAGUAGUCAAUGAUGAAAAAUUACUAUGUAAUUUUUCUUUUAGUGUUUCUUCUUUUAUUUAGGAAUUGUUUGCUAGUUCCUAAUAAAUCCACUAACUGUAGUAACCUAGAUUAAAAAUUACUUUAAUAAGUAUUAUUAUUGAUAAGGGGGAAUAUGGGAAAUUAUUUUCCCAAGAUCCCCUAAACUUACAACUGCAAAGAAAGUGUUCUAUUUUAAUAAUUAUCUUAAAUCUAUCUUAAAAUGAAUAUUUUUUUAUAAGGGGAUACUGGGAAUUAAUUAAUUGAUAUUAUUGUAAUACAUAGUUUUAAUGUAAUUCUUAAUUUACAAGAUUUAAAUUAUGAUGAACAUAAUUAAAUCUUUACUAUUAGCUUUUAAUUAAUCAAGAAACAAGAUUGUGUGAUUGUAAUUUUUUAAUAAAUAAAUCUUAAUAAUAAAUUGUGUUUAUUUUCAAUUACCAGGAGAAAACAAGUUUUACUAGUGAAAGUUAAAUGUAAAU